GAAGUUUGUGAGGAAGUAAACUCAAAGCAGAAGCUACUGCAUAUUAUCUACAGACACCGAAGCAAGAUCCUUUCUGAAGUCUUGUAUCCAAAUAAGGACAAGCAGCAUGUCUUCAAAACACAAAGGUCAUUCUUCCAGAAUGCCAGAGGAAAGUUCGCCAAAGCGGAGUCCUCAAAACAUCCCAUACAAGGACCUGCCCCAUAUCAUCAAUGCUGAUGGGCAGUAUCUCUUCUGCAGGUAUUGGAAGCCAGCAGCAACUCCCAGGGCCCUCGUGUUCAUCGCUCACGGCGCUGGGGAGCACUGCGGCCGCUAUGAUGACUUGGCCCAGAAGCUGACAGGACUUAACUUGUUUGUGUUUGCCCAUGACCAUGUUGGCCAUGGGCAGAGUGAGGGUGAUCGGAUGGUUGUCUCAGAUUUCCACGUCUUCAUCAGGGACAGCUUGCAGCACAUUGAUCUCAUGAAGAAAGAGCACCCUGACCUGCCUGUUCUCAUUCUGGGGCACUCCAUGGGGGGAGCCAUCUCCAUUCUGACAGCUAGUGAGCGACCCAGUGAGUUUUCAGGCAUGCUGUUAAUCUCUCCUUUAGUGGUAGCCAGCCCAGAAGUCGCCACUCCCAUCAAGGUUUUUGCAGCAAAAGUGCUCAACUUUGUUCUCCCAAACCUGUCACUGGGAUCAAUAGAUCCAAAUGCAAUUUCCCGGAACAAGAAAGAGAUGGAAUCUUACACAUCCGAUCCCUUGGUCUACCACGGUGGCAUGAAGGUCUCCUUUGUCAUCCAGCUGAUGAAUGCCAUUGCCAGAAUUGAGCGAGCUCUGCCCAAGCUGACUUUGCCCAUCCUGGUGCUACACGGCUCUUCUGACAAGCUCUGUGAUAUCAGAGGGUCUUACUUACUGAUGGACACAGUGCAGAGUCAAGACAAAACGCUCAAGGUGUAUGAGGAAGCCUAUCAUGCCCUCCACAAAGAGCUGCCCGAGGUCUCUACCUCUGUCUUCACAGAAAUACUGACAUGGAUUGGCCAGAAGGUUUCAGCAGCUGGGGAAACCAGCCAUACUUAAAAGCAAUUGCUUUUGCAUCCCUUACUGGGGUUUUCUGGGAAUAGAUGCUUUUCUUAUUAGAAGUCUCUCAGAAAAAGAUCUAACACGGAGGGACUCGUGGGAUAUUUUAUCACGCACAGCAUAAGGGAGGGUGGGGGGAGAGGCACAGGGUGGGGCAUUAUUUGCUGAUGUAAUUGGCCAUUGCUCUAAUCUGGAGAAGAAUUGGCAGCUGUGGGAGCAGCUGUCAAAGCUUUCUGGGUCAGGCAACCUUAUGGAAAUGCCCCUCACCCCCCAAACUUCCCCCAUGGCUUCCCCUUCUCUGCUUUUGCUGGGGUGACAGGGGUGUAUUUAUACUGCAAUAAUUUUUAGUAUGUAAAAGAAGCCAGUAUCUUCCACUUCAUGGUUUUGAUUCCAGGUGUGUACCAUCCCUUCCCUGUCCCCACCAGUCAGUACCUUAAAAGCCCUGGUCCUUGUGAGGAGAGCACUAAUGAAGGUGCUGGGUGGUGAGGAGAGGCUAAAGAUGGAGCUGAUGGCUCUCUGAAGGUGAAAGUCUGAUUUUCAAGAUCAGACCCCUUUGAAUACUACCUUUACAAGCAGGCCAGACCAGGGGAGAGCAUAGAGACAGCCUCCCCUGCCGCCGCCCUGUGUGUCCUCUGCAAGUUUGCACUUGGGGAAAGCAUGUUGAACAGCUCUUUAAUUUUCCUCAUCAGAGCAGAAUUCCAGAAGGAAGAGCAGGAAUGUGGAAUCAAACCCACUUAGCGUAUUCAAAUCCCAUGCUUUUCCCAAUGCCAAACCUCAUCUCCUCUGCAAGAUGAAAUAUUCUGUAAAUACUCCUAGAGGCUGGGGGUUUUUCCUUCCCUCUUUUUUUUUUUUCAUUCUCCUUUUUUUUUUACUCUCCUUUUUUUUUUCAUUUGGAAUUAAUCACUUGUGCUACUGAAACUGAAAGAGCAAAGUCAAAGAUAUAAGAGAAUAUAGUAAUAUAAUAUAUGAUGUAUAUAGAGGUGGCUGGAAGCUGGGGAAAAAUGGGAGAAAAUAAGAGGUUAAUCGUUCCUUCUCUUGGCAAGAAAUAAUGUUGUCCUACCAGGAUCCAGUCCUCUCAUCAUAACUUUACAGUCAUAAUCUGUUGUUUUCCUUCAUCAGUUGGAAAGUGUCCUGAAAAUAAUGCUAGAGAAAAGCACGGAGCAUCUGGUGGGUGGGGAGUAGCAGUGGGUGUCCUCAUGGUCCACUGGUUUAGCAGCAUGAACAGAGAUCCUGUCCAAGCUCAUCCUAGUCUCCUCCUAAUCAGCACUGGAGUAGAUCACUGAGGGGCCAAGCUCACCCCUUUAGGAUGUGUGGAGAGCUGAAGACAGAGUACGGGGUCUGACCAUCCAUCCAACAUACACCUUGCACACUGUACAAGCUGCCGUGGAGGAGCUUGUGGACUGGUCCAGUGGUGCAGAUAAGCCAAAUACUAAAGCUGCCUUGGGUCUGUGGUAGCAGCAGGGUGAGGGGAAAGAGCUUAGACUCAGGUAUAGAGCAGAGACAUUGCAUUGACACAGUAAAAGCUGCAUAGUGAUGACAGUGGCUGUGCAGGUCCAGUUUAAUAGCCCUAAUCAUGAAUAUACUUCUUGGCACUAUCCAAAGGGAAGGGGCUUAACCUGCACCUCUCCCACCAGUUUUGCAAGAAGAAAACGCGAAUGUUGCACUAUGAGAGGGUGGGGCAUCUCCCCCAGAGGCAAACCAGCCCCUCUGACUGCCUUCCCAUGGGAGCAGUGGGAACCAUCGCUAUGUCCCCAGGGCUGGAUCCCACCUCCAACAGUUGUGGAGGUCACCCACUUUUCUUCCCUUUGAAAGCAGUCCUGGCAAGGUUCAUGGAAGGGACCUCUGUGCAAUAACAGUCAGAAUCAGGGCCUGGAUCCAUUCGGUCCCAGUAGCACGGAUGGAUGGAAGAUGUGUGGAUGGAGAUUGUGUCCUUGUAAUUGCCCUAAAGAGCCCAAGUCAGGGAAGCUCUUUUAUACAGGUUGAUCCAGGCACUUUCACAUUUGUAUUUUCUUGCCUCUAAAGAGAGGAACAAGCUGUAGUUCUCCCAGCAAUGCCAGCUUUUUAUUGACAUAUUAUUCCAGUGCAAUCAGCUGUUCUCAGCAGCCCCUGCUAAACCUCUGGUGACACUUGUUCUGGGAAAGAGCAAUGCACAGGUCACCUGCUCUCCAUUUUCCAGCAGCCUGCCUUGAGGCAACUUCUUUUUCCCAAGCAAGUGCCCUCCUGACCACAUGCUGCUAGUGAAAGACAGUAAGAAGAGAAACACUAUAGCAGUGAUAAAUCUCACCUGCUUCUUCAGCUGGAAGGGGAAACAAGUAGGCGUGAUCCAGAGGUGACAGACAUUGCGGGGGUAGUAGCAAAAUGAUCACUUAAGGAUGGGAUUUUUGAAAGCACUUUUCUCGAGGAAGUCAGGAGGAGUAAAUCAGUGCCCACAUUCUUUACAUCCCUUCCAAAUUGACAAGCACUUUGCAGGAGGGGAGAGGGAAGUGACCCUUCAGCAAGAAGGUCAGAGCCCGUCUGCUCCCUCCAACCUGGCUUCAGGCAGAGGAAGGUCUGUGGUCAGUGCCUUUGCUAAAAUGUGUCCUUUCACCCAAGAAACACCUGCAGCUCAACAGAAAUAAAUCAAUUACACUGAUCUGGGGAAGACUUGUCCCUCUGUCUAUAGCUAAGCUCAGCAGUAGCACGUGGCCUUGGGAGGCUGUGUUUGAAAAACGGGUUAAUAAACAAAACCUACAAAGAACAUCAACAACAACAAAAAAAGGGAAAUGAGCCCCAAGCCUUGGCACAGCAGCAGUUAUUGCCGCCCUCAGCCGGUUUUCUGAAGCGUUACCUUCUGAGGCAUUUAACAUGGGGAAACCUACCCCAAAAAAAGCUAGACACUGCCCACCCUGACCCCAUACAUCCCUGGCCCUGCUGCCGAGUGGAGAGGGGCCACAGCCCCUCUGCGGGUGAGGAUAUGAGUACAGAGAGCAGGAGCCAGCAGCAAAUCAGCCUGGGUCAGGUGAGACACUGCUCUGCACCUGCCACAGCUCAGCCUGCGCAUUUCAACUCUUGCUGCUGUUGCUGAUCCCUUCCCCCGCCUGUAAGCUACUUUAUAUUGACCCAGUUAGGUUUCACCAAGUCCCGGAGGAAUUCUUCCUUCGCUGACCAGAUUAGCAAUGAGCAGAGCAGCUGCUGAGGGAAAUGUAAUUACACUCUAUUUCCAACUGGCAGGUACCAUUUGCAGGGAGCACAGCCAGCCCUAGGAAUGUUGCUGUGCAGAGCCGCACCAGAGACCAGCCUUGGAGAAUAGGUGGCACUCAUGACUGAGCAAUAGCAAUGUGUAACUACUGCAUAUAUCACCACCUGUAGCACUGAGAGGCCAUUCCCCACUGCCUAACCCAUCACCUUUUCUAUUUAGCCUGUUCUUUUUAUACCACUCACCUUAGCACACUGCCAGCACAAACCCUUUGGGAUCACAUUUCCUUUUACAAGUAAUUCCUGAGGUUGUCUUUCUUGUUCCGCUGUGUUCCAGUUCAAUAAAAUACAUUUAUAUAUAUAUAUAUAUAUAAAAACCAUAUAUACAUACACAUGUAUUUUCAGUGGAUAAACCAUAUACAAUUUAGGAUUCUUAAAGGAAUACAAUGUAUAUUGCAACUAAUAAUAAAGUUAUGUUUUCUGAA